AUGGAGAUUGAUUGGAAUUCAUUGACAGCUUUUCACUUUAGAGUCGAAUCAGUUCUCGGGAUAUCAAUGGAAGCGUUGAUUGGGCGAGAAUUGUACGAUCCCAUCCAUGAACUUGGAUUGACGACAGUGGCUGAAGUCUUUUCCACGAAUCGAAAAGGAAAUAAGCAAGAAGAAGCGUCUAGUUCUUCUGGUCAUGUCAAAAAUGAAGGGCAAGAAUCUCCUGCAAAUAUCGAGGAUCUCAAGAGCGAAGGAAUGCAAGCAUUUGACGUGAAAGAUGAAAAAGACGAAGAGGUUCGUGGCGUAAAUGUAGAACAAGAUUUAAAUGAAAACCUCAAGAAUCUGGAAAUCAAUCCAAACGAAGAAGAUGAGCAAAAGACUGUUGGAACGAUUGAAGAACAAGUAUCAACAGAAAACGUGGAGAUACAAGAUAUAACAAUAUUGGCACGUGAUUGGAGUCCGGAGAAGUUAAAAUCCGCCAUAUCUCUUCUGAAGCAAUUUGGGGAGGUACUGUUUGAUGUUGGUAGUGAAGUUGAAGAGUCUACUGUUCUUGAAAAUGUUGCUAGAUAUCGAUCUGUUUACACAUACCGUUUGGAAAAAUUGAAGAUGGAAGACGAAGCCUCUGGUUCUUCAAGUCAUGGCGAAAAUGAAGAGCAAGAAUCUAACGAAAAAGCCAAGAAUGACGAAGAACAAAGAACGACUGAAGAUGUGAAAACUCUUGAAGAAAACUUUGAAAAAAUGAAGGAAAAACAGAGGGAAGAAGCAGGUGCUUCUGUAAUUAUAGAGGAAAGUGGGACUGAAAAUGCCGCUAGUUCUUCUAAUCAUGGCAGAAAUCAAGAGCAAGAAUCGUCUGAAAAUGUUGAGAAUCGCGCUGGAAACCCUGAUGAAGAACAAGAACUGAACGCAAAUGCACAUAAUCACGAAGAGCAAAGAAUGCCUGAAAAUGUCCAACAAAACCCAGUAAAUGUGAAUGCAAGAGCGUGGGAAAAUCAGAUUCCCUUUACCAUUGACAACGCACUAAAGAAAGGCAAGAAAAUCAAAACACCAUAUAAAAGACGAAGAUAG